AUCGUCGUCCAUGUUUUUUUCGCAAAAUAAAAAUGGCGAUAAGUGAACUAUAGUUUGAGACUAGAAAACAUUCAAUUUUAAUGUAAACACUGAUUAAUAAAAAAGUUUCAUCGGAUAAUGUGUGGAAUAAACAUUCUGAAUAAGUUUGUGCAUUCAUUGAACAUAAAAUAAUUACGAACAGUGAACUAAAUAACACAAAUUCGAAACGCUGAAGUUUUGAACAAAGGCCAUCUCAUCACUUCGUGAUGAUAAUAAUUGUCAUGGCCAAUGAUGUGACUACAAGGAGCAUUAUCGAUAAUCGGCCCCAUGAUGAAGGGGGCCCUUCUUUAAAAAGAUUCAAUAACCAUUUCAACGAUCCUUAAUUUUGAGUAUAGAGAUAAAAGAAAAACGCAAUUAGUGUAGCAUCUAGUUUCAAAAAGCAGUAAAGAGAAAAAAGAGAGAGAGAAGAAAACUAGAGAGAUAAAAGAAGGAAAGAAAAAAGCAAAUAAAUUGGAGCAAAGAAGUUAAACUAAAAAAUGUCAACGACACACCAUGAAAUGUCCGCAUCCGGUAGUAUUGUUGUCGUCGAUAACAGCGGUAAUGUUAAUAUAAGUAAAUCCAAUGCACCACAGUCACAGCAACAGUUUCAACGACAACUACAGAACCAGCAAGUGAUCGUUAACGAUGAAUAUAUGAAUGCCGAUGGUUUGAUGGCGGGUGGUGUCAAUUACAUAACAACAAAUGAUCUAAUGAACAACGCUCAGAUAAUCAAAUUCGUUACGGGAGAAGAGGCCGCACUCAUUGAACAACAACAGUACCAUCACCAAGAUGACCAGCUAUAUGGAGCGAUGUCCGCUCAGCAAUCGGUACAAGGAAUAUCGAAUCCCAAUUCGAAAGUGCAUGUGAUUAGUAAUGUGACAAUCGUGUCGAAACCGCAACACCAAUCACCCCAUACGAUAAGUUUCGUAAACAGUCGACAUUUGCCGGCGGGCGGUAACUACGUCAAUACGUACAUUUCGAAACAGAAUUGCGGAAAACUUGUCCCAUACCAUCAGAGUCCGCCGCACCAGAACCAUCAUCAGCAACAAAUACUGACCAAACAUGGCCAAGCAUCGGGUCAAGUUGCGCAAAAGGGGUCAAUGCCACGCAUCGUCACCCGUGUACAAACGAUAUCAACGCAACAGCAGAGCAGCAAUAACAUAGUUAUGUCUAGAAAUACAAAUGUGGCACCGAUAACCAGUGUCAUUCAAUCACAUCAAGUUCAAAAACAUCAACAUUCAAUGCAAUUGGUACCGAUGAAUAAGGCGAACAGUUUGCGCAACAAACCACCAAAUGCCGUUUCCUCAUCGGUCAAAGUUAUGCAUGGCACGAAAGCCGGUGGCAUGAAAGCAAUACCCCAACAACAACAGCAACAGCAGCAUUUAUCGAAGGGCAAAAAUUCAAAAUUAGUUAAAAGUUACGGUUCCGCGCCAUCCUCCUCAAUUUACGAUCAACAGCAACAGCAUCAAAUCAAAAACAUUCAUGUCCAGUCGAACAGCAUCAACAACAACAAUAACACAAUCAAUACGAAUAAGAUGAUGCAGCUAGCACAUUAUCAACAGCAACAGCAUCAGCAGCAGCACCAUCAUCAUCCACCCCAACGUGCAAUAAUGAAUAACGUUUACAUUCAGGGUACAACGGUACCGAAAGUAAACAAGAGCAAAUACAUGAUGCAAAAGCAAAGUCAAAUGUCACAGGUGAUGUUACCCAUUCAACAGCAAGCACAAAAAUCGUCGUACCAUCAGCAGAGUAUUGUUGCUGCUAGCGGCAGCAAUAUCAAAUAUGUGAAUGCCCAGGGCAAUGUAAUUGCAUCGUCGGCCCGUGUUCGUACAGUUAUGCAACAGAGUAGUUCGUCCUAUCAGCAAACACAGUCCGUGUAUGUGGAAAAUACGAUGUCACCGGUAAUGCCCCAAGAUUUACAGUCCACUUCGAGUGUUACGAAAUGUUCCGUCGACGAUAUGAUGAUUGUCAAUGGUACGCAUAUGAGUGACGAAAUGUCGGCAAGAAUACUGCAAAGUCUGUCCAAGAACUCAGCGUACAAUAGCACCACUCGCAAUAGUAAUCAGCACAGUAAUCAGGCUAUUAAGAUGACUCAGCAGGCAACUUAUCUGAAAUCGACAACGACCGAACAAUUGGCAGUAUUGAAUCCACCACAUGCGAUACAAAGUGUUCAACAGCAGCAAUUACAACUUUACAGCCACAGAGUAUCUUCGGAGCAAGCAGUGUCAGCUGUUAAAUUUGGUCCGGAAUACUUCCGUGUCAAUACAUGUGAUAUUCAGUCGUCGACUGCAACUUUCAUCGACAAUAUUCCCUUGGUGUCAACGCGAGGUGAUCCUAGUGUGACAUAUACCUCACAUGAUCAAGACGAAGAUUUUGUCGGUGAAGAGACACGACCGAAACCAAUCAGUUCAGUCGAUCCACACCUAAAGUCGCUGUAUGGAUUCCUUAACGAUCACAACUAUUGUCCGGCCAUCACUGAAAACACCGAACAGAUUCUGAAGAAAUGUUAUCAGAAAUCUGUGCCUGGAACGCCGACUAACAGUGUAACGCAACAACAACAACAGCAACAACCGAAACCAGUGAACUCUACCUACUCCUACAUCUACAAACCGACAGAGAAAGACGAUGACGCUCAUUCGGUCAUAAGUAAUGGUUCGCGAGCCGGUAAUCUCGACAUUGAUUUAGGAGAAGAGACCGAAACUGCAGCUGAAGGUGAAGACGAUUCAAUAACUCGUUGCAUUUGCGAUUAUGAGCAUGAUGAUGGAUACAUGAUUCAGUGUGAUAAGUGCACAUCGUGGCAGCAUGUCGACUGCAUGGGUAUUGAUCGGCAAAACAUCCCAGAUAAAUACAAAUGUGAAAUAUGUGAACCUCGACCGGUGGACAAAGCUCGAGCCCGAGCGUUGCAGUGUCAAAAAUACAAAGAACAACAAAGUUUCCUGUUACUGUCUGCUCAAGCUCAACAACCGUACCCAGUCGAAAAUGCUUUGGUGCACUCAACCACUGGCGAUCGUAAUCCGUUGAACAAUAACAAUUUCUCAUCGCUGCCGUCGUCGCUGAAAAAACCGCAACAGCGUCAAGUGACCGGAUCGAAACGGAAAACCGAGAUAAAGGAACCGAAACGGAAACGCAACGAGUCGACAAGUCGUGCAAACGGCAAGCGACGCGAACCUAAAAAAGUGAGCAAACGCAAAGCAUCGAAGCAGCAACUACAAUUGCAACAACAGCCGGAAUCGGGUGAAAAGCAAGCAGCAAACCUCCGGUCUUGGAUCGAAAAUUACGAAUCGGCUGUCACCAAUCACUAUUCACCGGAACUAAGAGCUCGCUUACAAGCAAUUGGCAAACAGCAACAAUAUCAGUCCACCACAUUGCCGCAACUGAAAAAUACUGCGAAUUUGGAUGGAAAGUGCACCACCGUUCCACACGCUGGUGGAAAGAUUCUGAUCAGCACUCUCGAUUUGUCGCCGCAUAAUGCUGUCACCGAAAUACGAGGUAAAUACAUGCUCACCGGACAGUACAAACAACAACACAUAUUUCCGCCAACGAAUGCUAAGCAAAGUUCGAAUAGGAAUCCGGGUCCGUUUAUAUUUUUCUACCGUUUACCGAACGAUGGACCUGAAAUCUGUGUGGAUACGAGGACUUAUGGCAAUGAUGCCAGAUUCGUUCGACGAUCAUGCAGACCGAAUGCAGAAAUUUUGCAUACAAUAGAAAAGGGAACGAUUCAUCUGUACAUUGUGUCUCUGGCGAACAUCAAGUCCAGUACGGAGAUCACUAUCAAACAUGAACCUCACGAUUUAGCGGCAUUGUCCAGGGGCAAUAUCAGUUCUCCUACAUCGACAAUGUGUGCUUGUGGAUUGACGAAAGAUUGCCUGUUUGCACCGCCAUUACCAACGCCUCCUGUGCAACCAAUCAUUACAAAACCGAGAGCCAAUGGAAGCUUAAAAGACGAAACUGAUGGAAAAGUUACGAAGAAGCCGGUGUACAGAAGGAGUAAGAAUUCUUCUAUCGGUCGCGGUCGAUCUACAUCCAGUAGUUGCGAAAGUAAUACCGCACUUUUGUCACCAAAAAAUCCAGCCGCCUCGCCAACAGUGAAUAUGAUGCAUGACUCGGGAGUAUGUACUUCGUCGUCAUCAUCGCCACCUCUGCAAUCACCGCUAUGCAAUCCACCUGUUGUAACAACACCACUACAUUCACCUCUGUCUGAGCUUAUCCAGCCGACACAGCCUCAACAACCAAUGCAACCAAUCCAGGUACAACAGCAACCACAACAACAUCAGCAAUUACAAAAGCCAGAAGAAGGUAUUCAACAAUCUCAAAAAGAUCAAAUAAAUUCGUUUGAACCUUUGGUGCAAUUACCACCCACACCGUCGCUACGUCAAAUGUUCCAACAACAAAGUUCGGUGGCACAACCGCCACCGGUACCGGCGCAAAUUACUCCAGUUCAACCCAAAAUAAAUGCACAGCCCGCUUUAGUUGUGCCUCCUCAAGUACAAGUGCAACCGAAUCCGAUUGUUUCACCGGUUAACUCACCAGUUCGGCCAACAUCGCUUAGCAUUGAUGACACACCAGCACCACAAACGCCUACGAAGGCAAGUUCAAAACUGCAAGCUACUACACCUUCACUACCAGCGAUCAAAUCACCGCCAAUAAAUUCGACCAAACCGGCUGCUUUAGGUAGAAAAACGCCAAGGAAGUCGUUUAGCAGUUUAUCGGAAGACAGUUCGACAAUGGUGGAUGAGCAGCCGAAAAAAGAAGUGACGAGUAGUGCGACGAAGAAGGCUGAGGAUAAAAAAUUGACGAGAGAGGAAAAGAAGAUCCAAGCGAUUGUCAGAGCAUUUGAGAAAAUGGAGAAAAAUCAACAACGAAAGCAGGAUAUGAAACAUAAGGGCAACACGCCUACCACUUCAACGCCUCCUUCAUCGAUUUCACCACCUCAAAAGCGGAGGCGGAGUGUUUCGCCGGCAGCGAAACGAAGAAAAGAUGACGAUCAAACUCCUGUUAAAAAGUCGGGCAACCAAGUUCGACGAAAGAAGCGUAAAGCAACGAAAUCUUACCAACAGACAAACCAUCACCGGAAGCGAUUAAGAUCACGAAUAAAUUCAGGUGACUCAGACGCAAUAACAUCAGAAGAUUCAACAUCUUUACUCUCGCCGACGAUUCUCGGUCAUGUUCCUCCAACUCUACAAUCGCAUCACAUGAAACGAAAUAUUUCUCCCAAAUAUUCCGAACAGAAUUCGUCCGACGUUGGUUCAGCGGCAGGAAUGUUGAUGGCAUUGUCUAACUGUAAAGUCGAAGAUCAAGGUAGCGGACAGAGUCCAUCAUUAUCAGAAGUGCCGAAACCAUCCCCAUCUGCAUUUUCGCUGAGUUCGGCACUGAUGUUGGUAGAAGCUGCAGUUGGUCCGUUAGAGCAGACGCGAUCGCUGGAAAACGAAUUUAAAAUGCCUCCGAAAACAAAGAAAACGAUCAUGAACGAGUGGCUACAUCAAAGUGAUACCAUCACGCAUACGCAUCGGGAAAAUGAAAUGAAACCGCAAUUCCACCAUCAAAUGAGUUAUCCUCCCAUGCUGAGUGUAGCUCAGGUUCUCAAUGAUGUUGAACAUCAGAAUGCAUUCACUCAACACCAACUCAAGGGCAUUUACACAAAUUCGUCGUCAGCAAGCUCGACGAAUAACAUCAACAAGUACAUCAUCACCGAAAUGCCGUUUCAGGAAGAGCCUCAAAAUCUGAGCAUCGUGACCAAACGUGUCGAAGAAUUUAUCAACAUAAACUCGCAGGACGACGAGGACGAACAGAAAUGGUCCAUCGAAAAUUCAAACGAUGAUCCGUUGGUUGCCAACCAACCGACACCAACGCCUACAAUGCAAAAAGGAAGUUCCGUGAAAAAACGGUGGCUACGUCAAGCUAUAUCCGAGGAGUGUUCGGAUGACAUAACUACAUCGCCACCAAACGGUUACAUGACACCAUUGAAAAAGCGUCGAAUGGCAAGAGAAUGCCAAGAUAUGAUGCGACAAAUAGCGGCCGAAAGUUCUGCAGCAGCUGCGCGUGCAUCACACAACUAUUUGGCACCGUCUGACAUUCAGCCUAUCGCCAAUUCAUCGAUGGAAGUUGAAGUUAAGGAGGAACGCUUCGAAAUAAUCGAAGUGAAGGAGGAAGGGGUCAAAAUUGAAGACGAUUCGGAAGAGAAUACCAAACCCGUUUUCGACAUCGAUGAGGACACAACCACUGCUCACACGUCUGGAGAUAACAGCAAUGAAGUGCAACCGAAUUUUGAGAAUAAGAAGGAACAAGAGGACAGUUCUCAAUUGCCAAGUGAUACUAAUUUUAAAUUUGAAGCUGCUAACGACGAUGCGUCACCUGAAACCAUAUCGGAAACAUGUCGAAAAUCAAACGAUGAUCAAAGUGAUAGUAAAUUGAACAUUUUGACUGACAUUAAAGUGGAGCAAACGCAAUUCAAACCCAGCUCGAAUAUCGACGAAUUCGACAUAAAGCCGUUAAACGAAGUGGCCGAAACGAGUCCCACGUUAGGCGACGAGAAAAAGGAAGAAAAUUCAACAACCAUCAGCGAUGAAAUUGAGGACAUCCAGAAGCGACUGUUAUCAUUCCAUGAUACAAACAUCAUGAUUUUGCAGUCGAGAAACAAGAAACGAACUCCAACACAAGAAGAUGGCAACGAGUUCGCCGACACGCCCCGCAAAUGCGGCAAGCAAUUAAGUUUCGACAUCGACGUUAAGCCGGAAAUUGUGUCACCGGUCAAAAGUGAACCUGAAAAAAUUGCGGCAACAUCAAGUUCUGAAUUGCCUGUGAGUGAGUCUAUGGAUUGGGCGAAUAACGACCUAGCGCCAGCAGUAUUGAGUGCUGCAACCAUUCCCAGCUUUAAUCAACCAAUUUUGCCUUAUUCGGCAAUCCUGAUGAAUGGCAUCAAUCAGUCGAUGUAUCCACCGCAAACAACAAAUGAGGCUCCCACAACACACACUCCGAAAACAUCGCUCUCCGAUAUGUCAACGGAAUAUCCGGAUGUUAUUUCAAACCUACCGAACGUACCGAAAUCACUACUCUCUGAAUAUUUGGAAAAUCCGAACAAACCAACGAACAAUCACGGAUUUGCCAUGUCAGACACACCGCGACUACUUUCAAUGUUUAACGUACACACACCGACGUCAUCCAGAACAUUGAACAACAGCUACUUAACCAGGGAUCCGUCAAUGGGCUCAACCAAUUCCCAGUUAUCAUCAAUCACAAACACAAUACCAGUAUCGUUGCCACCUCCGGCAAAAGUCUACAAUCGAUCCCAAAGUGCUGAUCCUCGUUUGAAUCCGAGUUUGGUAACACCACCCGACCCACCACCAGCUCCGAAGAAAAAGCUGUCCAUCAACGAAUAUCGUAAGCGCAAGCAACUUUCGUCAGACAAUGUCAACUCCUCACCGACUAAAGCGGAACCAAGUUCAAAUAAUGUAAGCAAUGCAAUAACGACCGGUGCUGAUUCAACGUCCGAGCAAAAUGAAAAUACUCUCACCUCACCGAUAGCAAAGAAAUCUGCUGAUGAAAAGGUCACAGUAUUUAGCCCUGCUCCCACAUUGCUGGAACUGCAACAAGAAAGUCUGUCACAGCGGUUAAAGAAUUACAAAAGUUUAUGUAGCCUGCCCAACGCUAUGACUGCAAACCGUGCGGAUAAAAAAGACGUCCUGGAUUCAAUUUCACGCCUUGAACUAACAUCAGCCCUGUCCACCAGUAACAGCAGCUUAACAUCUGUGUCAUCGUCAACAUCCGAACACACAUUGACCACUCCGCCGUGUACGUCGCCGUCAAAUGAAAAAUUCGAUGACAAAUCCAUCAACGAAACGGAAAGCAAUGCAUCGCCCAGCGAAAGCACAUCGCGAUGAGUCACCAAGCGUAACGAAACAUCUGUCUGCGGGGAUAAUCCAUCAUCAUCAUUUUUAACGUGAAUUACCCGAUAUAGUCGGCUGAUUAUUGUAGAGCUAAAAGUGAAUUUAUAAGAGAACUUUUUCGGGGCUUCGGAAUGCAAGGGAGUUGUUCAUUAUGGAAGGUAACUAAUUUCACAAGUGACGGUGUCAUUUUUUGCGAUUUGGUUCUAUUUUUAAUUUUCUUUCAUUUCCCACAUUGCAUCGGAUCCAGCAUGCAUUUGUAUUAAUAAACAUUCAUUUUUUUUGUUUAUUUUCGCAACAACAAAAUUCCUUCUUCUAUCGAUUAGACCGUAAGCAUAUUAUGGUGAAUUCCAUUUUGGAUGGUAACUUGAAAGUCAUGAAGUUUGUUGUCUAGAAUUUUCUGAAGAGCAAACAAAAAAUAGAAUGUCGCAAUGCAGGCGAUGCAAUUUCUAACAAUUCGCCAUUUUGUUUCGAAUCAUUUUCCUUGAAUUAUAAAAAACAAAUAGCGCUUUUCGUUGUCUUAAAUUAUUAUUAUUAUGUGACGUUAUAUGCAAUAGAAAUGUUACUUUUUUU